UCACUCUUCACGAUUUAUUAGCUGUCAAUUUUUUGGAUCAAAAAAAUUUUGUGAUUGCAUUUAGUUUUUAUUCAUUUAAAUAGUUUAUAAACCAUGGCUAAGAAAACUUACGACUUACUGUUCAAACUUCUCCUAAUCGGAGAUUCUGGUGUAGGCAAAACAUGUAUAUUAUUCAGAUUUUCUGAUAACCAUUUCACAACUACAUUUAUAUCUACAAUCGGUAUAGAUUUUAAAAUCAAAACAGUCGAGCUAAGAGGAAAGAAAAUAAAGCUCCAAAUAUGGGACACAGCGGGACAGGAGCGUUUCCACACCAUCACCACAUCAUACUAUCGUGGUGCUAUGGGCAUCAUGUUAGUGUACGAUAUAACAAAUGAAAAAACAUUUGAUGAUAUUGUGAAAUGGUUAAGAAACAUAGAUGAGCAUGCAAAUGAAGACGUAGAAAAGAUGAUACUUGGAAAUAAAUGUGACAUGGAGGAGAAACGAGUAGUCAGCAAAGAGCGCGGGGAGGCUAUAGCCCGCGAGCACGGCAUCCGCUUCAUGGAGACCUCAGCGAAGUCGAACAUAAACAUCGACCGCGCGUUCUCUGAGCUGGCGGAGGCGAUCCUGGACAAGACGGCGGGGCGCGAGGCGGACGCGGACCACGCGCGCAUCGCGGUCGAGCGCCGGCCCUCGCGCGCGCCGCCCGCCCGCGCCUGCUGCUCCUAGGCGCCUGGCGAGCGGCGUGCGGGGUUGCCGCGCGGACCCAUGCGGAGUUGCCGCGUGGUACCGCUCGCGGAGCCGUGCGGGGUUGCCGCGCCGGUACAGGCCUGUAUGAUAGGUACUUUCGGAAGUCCAGUCAUUUCUUUUUAUAAUGUCGGUUGAUAGGUGUAGAAUUGUGAAGCGGUAUUUUUUUAAGUAAUUUUUUUUUCGGUUCGUUUGGAUUUUUGUUUUAAAUUGAGUAUAGUCCCGCGUGUUCGAGACCUGUAUUUCGCUAUUAUAAUUGGUUUUAUCGACACAGAUACUUAAAAAUUUGUAAUUUUAAGAAAUUAUUAUUUUUUUUCAAUUAAAUAAGUAAGCUUGAAUUGUUUGUUUUUAAAAAUAAGUACGAAUACAGGUCUCCACCUAACUAUAGAGAAGCAAUAGAAUUGUAGCAAUUUUUAUAAAUCGAUUAUAAUAAAAAUAUAUAAUGCAUAGUACGUACAUUGUAACCCAUAAACUAUAUUAUGUAAAAAUGCCUUUAAUAUCUAUCUCAUUAUGGUAGAAGUAUAUUUUGUGUAGUUUUAAUAUAGUUUAGAAUUUUGAUAUUCUCGUGGACUCGUAGAUGGUCCUAGAAAUAACUUUAAUUAUUAUCAAUAUAUUUCUGCCAUGGUUUGAUAGAUAUAUGUACCUAGUAAUUUUGACUAUUUUAUCAAUAUAAUAUUUAUUACAAGGCUACAACGUUCAUAAUUUGUAUGUUUGUAUUUUUAACGAGCAUAUAUGCUUGCGUGGCCAAGUUUUUAGUAUGAGACACAAAAUUGCAUAUUAUAUGUUAUAAAUGUAUGUCAACUAUUUGUCGCAAUAAAAUAUAUAUGGCUAGUAGUUGUAUUAUAACAUAUCUCAAGUAAUUAAAAAUCCCGGAUCUUAUAUUUAAUUUAUCUAAAAUCUAAUUUGCGGAGAAAAUACUAAAGAAACUACAUUUAUUUAUUACACUUAUUUUUAUUUGCCAAAACAAUCCAAUAUUGUGUCAAAAUUAUCUCAAAAAGUAUUCUCAAAGUAAUCUUUUUUAUUCAUAUUUUCUUUUCUUAAAUAUAAUUUCAAUAGAUAGAUUGAAUAUAGGCUCCGGUUAUAAGUCGCGCGGUUAUAUUUCUGGCCGGGCGACUCUGUGCAAUACAACAUAUUGUGGUCUAGUGAACACGCGCCCUUAGCGUGUUUAAAAUAAUUAAUCUGAGCUUGAAAAUAGUGAUUAAUAUUGAGAUUACAAUGUUUUAUGUAAAUAGAUCUCGUACUUUUCGAGUGUGCUUGUAAUUGCAAUGCAUAUCAUCAGUGGUAACAACACGUUCGUCGUGUCAAUGUGUGCGUGCACACGUUCACGCACACAUUUGUUGAAGUUUUGGGUUCGCAAUGAAGUAUCAUUGUAUGGAAACGUUUUAAUACCUGUGUAGUGUAAAUUAAUAUUUUAAUGAAUUUAAACGAGUCCGAAACUCAAUUCAUGUAUCUCUCACGUGUACGACGUCACUAUAUUAGCGUGAUAUGGAUAAUGCACAGACGCGUCAAACCUUCAUGGUACGAUUUUUUUGUCUCUUUCUACCACACGUGAAGUUAUGUUCAAAUUGGUCAUUAAACCAUAACAAAUAAAAUUUCUUAUUUUUUCACAAAAAAUCAAAUCAAAUGGAAUGUUGUUGAUUGCGAACUCAAGUACCGAAACAGGUACCGUCAGCGUAGUGUAAGUCUAAAUACCUAGCACAUAAUAUUAUAUUGUUUGUAUAUCGAUGCAUGCACUCCGCUUGGCUGUAACAUUUUAUUUAACACUAUAUAAUAAUAAAUAAUGAUGUAACGGCUUCGAAUUCUUACGGCUCAAAUGUGCUUAAAUGUCAAUGUUUGAGGAUAUUUUUAUUUAGACCUUAACGUUUUUAAUCUCCUAAAAUGUAGCGCUUAAUAUGUCGACGUGUUUCGAUUAUUUUGUUUGCGCUAACAAUUAUAAUAAUGAAAUUUUAUAAUGUACAUAUGUAUUGUUGUCUCGUUCUCUUGUAAUUGUUUUUUUAUGUAUAUUAUCUAAACAAAUAAAUUACGCUUUUAGCCCUACAAUUUUAUAUUGUGAUUUAUUUUUUGCUUUAAAUUUACGUGUAACACAACAUCGAAAUAAUUUGAGUGAAACGUUUUGAGAAGGGUCGCAUGCAUUUCAGUUUCAAUUAAUUACUGAAGUUUUGCAACUAAUCUCGUAAGUUUUUUUUUUUAUAAAACUACCGUAUGUUUGAGUAAAAAUAACUUGUCUUUUAAUUAUUGUUAUAGUUUUUGAUUAGUCGUACGAGUCAUUGUCGCAAUAUAUAUGAAUUCUACUCCCGAUGACGGAUGAAUUAUAAUCCUUUUUCAAAUGAUUUUUUUUUUAUACAAUUCGAUCAUUUAUAUUAUAUUCCCAUAAGUUGUAUAGUAAUUUCCUCUUGCAUGUUUUAAAAUAAAAUAUUUUUAUCGGUCUCCGUCUUUGUUUUUAUAUACAAGAGAUCAGACAUUCGUAAGUGGGUCGCACAGUAGGAGGUUAAGUAUGUACUCUAUAUGUUAUAAAUAUAUAUAUAACAGUUUUAUCGUACGGUGUAUGUGUCUCGUCGAUUUUACCCGCUUUUAUAAAUAAACAUUGGCAUUGUAUAUUAUGUUCAUAAUAAACAAUCUAUCGAAA